AUGAACUCUUUUGUUUUAGCUACUGAACUAAUUGAUUAUCGUUUUGAAGGUUAUGAUCGAAUACUUAUUGAUACUGAUAUUAAUUAUACAGAAAGAUAUUGUGGUCCCGAUGAAAAUAUAACUUAUACAAAAGAAGAUAUAGCUGAUUUUCAUAUUGAUUUUGUUCAACAUUAUGAACGUAUACGACAACAUUCAAAUUAUAUACAAUUUCAAAAUGUUAAACAUGAAAAUGAAGGUUAUUAUGAAUGUAUAGUUCGAUUACAUAAUGGUCUUGUUGGUGUUCGAGUAUAUUUUCUUAGUGUUGGUGGUGGUCCACGUCAAAUAUCUAAUCGAGAAAAAUAUAUUUAUUCUGAAAUAAAUGAUACAAUAACAUUACUUUGUCCAAUAUUUUCAGCAUUACCAGCUUGGUAUACAUUUCUUAUACCGAAUAAUUCUCUAGAAGAUAUGUCAUCAUUAAAUGGUUAUGAUUAUUUACGAAUUAAACAUAUUUCAAAUAUUCAUUCUGGAAUUUAUACUUGUCAUGUAACAACUAAUGAUGAUAAUCAUAGUUAUUCAUUAACAUCUAAUUUAUAUCUCGAUGUUUAUGGUUCACCUGAAUAUGUAGAACCUUAUAAAAAUGAAUAUGUUUUUUUAUCGAUUAAAAAAAAUAUUGAAAAUCUUAUACGUUGUUCAUUAAAUGGAAAUCCUAUGCCUACUUAUCAAUGGUUAUUAGGAGAUGUUAAAAUAUUGACGAACGAAGAAAUACUUUCUGAUAAAAUUGAAUAUAUAAUAGCAACAAAUGAAAAUAAUUCAUAUGAAUCAAAUCGAACAGUGACAUGUAUAGCAAAAAAUAAUCGAGGUAUUAAACGACAAGUUUUUAUUCUUCAAUUUAUUAACUAA